AUGGGCGAGAACAAGGGAAAGCGGCCCGAGAGCGGGCCACCGCCGCAGCAUCCGGGAAGCACUGCACAGGCUCCCGACUUCGACCAAGCCGCCAGCCCGUACGGACCAUUUCCUGGCAUGUCUGGGCCCAUCGGCAGCCCUAGCCAACAACGGCAGCCGUCUUGGGGAAACCGAUCCCCGGUGGUGUCGAGCCCCCAGCAGCAGCAACCGCCACAACAAGGUCAGGCUGUUCAACAUCAGCAGGCAUACCGUGGUCAGGGCAGCCAGGGAUCGGGAAACCAGAGCCAGGUCCAGUCAGGGCCGGGCCAGUACCAGACGUCUCAGCAGCCGAGCUGGCAUGGCCAGCCGGUUGCGCAACAGAUGCCACAGCAGAAGCAGCCUGUGCAGCAGCCUGUGCAGCAGCAGCAGCCCUUGCAGCAGAGCGCGCCGUUUCCCAUCCACGGCCAGCCGGGUGGCCCGCAAUUCGUGCCCGAGGGAGGAUGGAAGCUGAAGGAGUCUCAUCUGCAGGAACCGCUCGCGUCCACGCGCCAGCGAUCGUCGCCCACGACACCCACGCAGCAGUAUUACGGCCUCGACAAGGAGGCCGAGCUGCUCUCGGCCGAGUCAACCGCUGCUAAUACCAUACAGGGCACUGGACAGCCAGAGCCAUCUGAGCCGCGUCCGCCUGCAAAGGACGACGACGUCGGUUCACCUCCAAUUGCUCUGGAGCAGCAGCAGCAACAUGUGGAGCCGAUGCCAGAGGAGGAGCCAAGGCCAGAGAAGAACCCGAACCCAGAGGAGGAGCAGCAGGAACAGAAGCAUCAGGAGCAGAAGCAUCAGGAGCAGAAAGCAUCAAGCAGGGAGCAGCUGUGGCAAGAGGAGCAACAACGGCCAAGAAUCAUCCCAGUGUCAGACGGGCAAAACCAUCAGCAUGCUUCCAAUGGUGAUGGACCUGCAGCUCCUUUCCAGACCCAGCAGCCCGGAGUGGUCCGAAGGCCUUAUCCACCCGCCGCUGCAGGCGACAGCAACGCCACUGACGAAAAGGGCCGCCGAUUCUCCAUGAUCAGCAACUGGCGUCAGUCUAUUCAUGGCACGCCACCGCCCUCAUCACACUCUGUACGGCCGCCUCCGUCAUCCCACGAGACGACAUCGGACAGGACGCCUUCUUUGCACCGGCAACCUCAGCAACAUCAGCAGCACCACCAUCAGCACUCUACCGUCGACAAGCUACGGGGCUUCCUUCCCUUCAAUAAGGGCAAGCAGGACAGCGGCAGUCGGCCACAGUCGGCACAACCACACAUAUAUCACGACGCCCAAGACGCUCAGAGGUCACUUGGCUUCCAGGGACAUCCAAGCAGGCCUCCACAGGGACCGCCCCUGCAGAGACAGCCACAAAAUCCGGAGCAACAGCAGCAGCUGAUUUUGUCUCCAGCUACGCAUAUAUCCAACCCACAGCUCUUCCUCCUGAACCAAGAACAACAGCCCGGCGGCCCGGCCCCACAAAACAGUUCUUUCCCACCGGCAAGGAUGCCACAAGGCUUUGGCGAUGACGGCCAGAAUUAUGGUCCUCGUCAAAUUGCGCAGGUUCGGACAGCGCCGAUCCAGCAGCAGCAACAACAGCAGCAACAGCAAGUAUUCAUCUCGCCACAGCAGGCCAACCGGGCAGACACGUUCAGCGUCCCUCCUGAAGAGGAACGACAUAGUAGGCGCGGGUCAGGCCUCUUGGGUUUCUUUGGCAAAGGCAAGGGCAAGGACAAGCAUCGGACAUCAGCCAAUAUGUCGCAGUUAGUCGCUCAACCGACACAACUAGCGCAACAGUUUGGCUUUUCUGGCCCAGACAGACCCGGAGGACAGCCAGCGCCCAGAUCUGGUUGGGAACGUGAUCUAGGAGGACGUCCCCGUGCUAGCACAACAGGGCUGUCAUUUCCACAGCCGCAGCAACAGCUGUCUGUCACGACGAACAUGCCGAACUCCACGAUCCCUGGACUGUCGCCUUCUAGGGCACCGUCUUCUGUCAGCCCCAACCUCGAAAUGAUGACGACCGGAAAGGUGCGGAGUGCCAGUGGCCCUUGCAUUCCGGCAUCCAGAAUUCACGGCCGUCUGCCGUCCGCGUCCUAUGGGCCACCUGUCCGCAAACCCGUGGGAUCCUCGCCGCCUCCGCUGCAGCCGACACAGCCGACAAGACAGCUUGCAGUCGCUCUUCUGGCGCCGAAUCCAGAUGCUGACCUUGAUCUUAUUGACCGCCCGCCUUCUGCUUUGUCGGAAGCUCCAACGGCUGCUGCUAAUGGCGACAUCGGUAGAGAAUUGAGUCACGUGCCGUCACCAUCUAUCUCGACGUCUACCCAUCAGCCAGCUGCUGACGCAGUGAGCCUGACGCCGUCAAUGGCGCCAACACCGCCGCCCCAGCAGCAGAAACAGCAGUUCCACCGGUCGAAGCUGUCCUCUGUAGUGGUGCAGCAGCCAGAGGACAUGGGGCAGAGACUGGCUGGGCAAUACCCGCAGAACAUGACCAUACAUCCCCAGCCUGGCCUAGGCGUCCCGACAUCCCAGCCACAGGUGACAAAGCAUGACAAGGAGAGAGAUCGGUCCAAGAAGUUCUUUGGCCGCUUCCGCCGUCCCAAGAGCGGCACCAUUGAUCCUCGGGGCCCGCCACCGGGCGGGCCUGAGUACCCUAGACAGCCUUCGCGCCAGCCGGUGAUCAGCGCGCCUAUGGGCGGUACGUUCCGUGGCUCUGGCACUCCUGUCGGGACUGUUGGACCGUUCGUUCCUCCGCUAUCAAACCUGGGCCUACCAACGUCAGCGUCCGAGCCGGUGCUCACACGUGAGCAAGCACUGCAGAAACAGAUAUCCCAACAAGAAGUACGGCAACAGCAGCCGCCUCGGCCGAUUGCGCCAUUUGGGGCGGCGUAUCGCAACCAUGUGCAAACCGGCGAAGCAUCUGUACCGACCCGGAAGCAAAUGCAGAACACGCACGGCGAGCCGCAGUACGGAAAUGUUGCUAUCCCUAUGGGAUAUGCUACCGUGUACAGCGAGGACAUGAUGGCGCGAUCGCACCAGUUGCAGCAGCAGCAGCAACAGCGGUUCGUGGCCUACCAGCCGCAAUUGCAGAUGCAACCACAACAGCACCUCCCAGCGGGUGUCUUCCAUGGUCAGGCCACCGGGUUAAAGGCUACAGGGCCUUACACGCAGCAGCUGCAAGGCCAACCGGCCAUCGGUUUUUCCAACACAGCUCCCGACGGAGUCGUCCGACAGAACCAGGCCGUGCCACAUCCGCUACAGCAGCACCCAGUUCGGUACGACUCCCCUGCUGCUAUCUACGCAGAAGUCGCAACUGCACCGUAUGCACCAACGCCUCCUCUUCCACAGCAGCAGCAGCAGCAGCAGCAGCAGCAACCAGAGGAACAGACUACGUCGACGCCGAACACAGUUUCGCCCCCAGCGGUGACUAGCCAACAGGAUCCAGUCGACAGCUCGUUUCUGCCCACGCCACCUCUACAGGCCCAUCCGCAGGCCGACCAGCAGCAGGAGCUACAAAUUCCACAGGCUCCAUCCCAGACAGCAAUACAGCAGAAGCACAUACAGGACGGCCGGGGACUGAUGGCUGGAGCCUCGGACUCGGCGAUCUCGUCGCCGCUUCAUGCCACGCCUGACUCAGCGCCAGUGCAGCCCAACGGCAACACCGCCCUUUCCAUGGGCGAAAGUCCCAUUGAUGCCACGGACGCUUCUCUCACAGACAUUACGAUUGGCAACCCCAUGGCGCCGGCACCGCUGCGCAUUCAGAGUCCCGUGCAGACAACAGUUGUCGGGAGCCCAACUACCACAGAGGAGGAUCUCAACGGCACGUCUGUCCGAGAGGCGCCGACCGCUGCAGCCUCUUCGGCAGACAGUCCGCCGCCUGCGAAUCCAGUCUCACCAUCUGCUUUGUCGACGCCUUCACCUACGGCUGUCUCUGUCAACGGCAGCAGCGAUGCCGAGUCGGCAAAGGUGGGACGGCAGAAGACUAUCCGACAGACGUCGGCCCAGCAGGUGGAGGAGUACAAGAGGCGACAGAUGCUCAAGGACCUGGAGGAGAAGAUUCCGGUGUUUGUGCCCGACAUGGACGAGCAGCUGGAGCAGCAGCGUCGCAAAGAGCGCGAACAGCCCCAUAUGUCGGCGACCAGCUAUCCGGGACAGGAGUGGAAUCCGUACGCAGAGUUUACGUUUGUGGAGGACGAUUUGAUGUGA